AAGCCAAACCACACAAAAAAAGAGGAUGUAGCCUGUGCUUCAACCUUGUCUCUAGAAGGCGGAAACAGUAUCCAUUUUGAAGGUCCCAUUUCAAUAUGGCAUGUGUAGUUAUCGCUCUUACAAUCUUACCAGUGGUGAUGGGAGGUACCACUGGUUACCUGGGAGAUUCUGUCACCUUGUCUUCUGGAGCCAACUCAUCCUGGAACUUGAGCAAGAUAGAGUGGUCUAUAUUCAGCAACAACACCUGGAUUGCAACGUACAGGAAAGAACCACACACUCUCAAAACAGACCGUUUCUGGCAGUUUCAGGAUCGUCUAAGACUCAACAUCUCCUCCGGGGACUUAGAGAUAAGAGAUGUGAGGAUAGGGGAUGCCCUGGUUUACUCGGUUCUCCUUCAAGACAUUAAGGGAGAGCAGCAUAGUGUACCUGUCCAGCUCACUGUGACAGAGCGUCCCAGCGUCCGUAAGGUCUUCAACAUGUUGAAGGACAGCCAUUGUGUGAUGGCUCUUCAGUGCUCCUCUUCGGUGAAGGACACCCACCUCUCCUGGGAACCAGAGGCUGCGUUUGAGGAUGCCUUCUGGAGGAGGAAUCCCAGCACCAACGUCUCUGUCGUCUGGAUGUCUUACAGCCCCAACAGAAAUGCCACCUUCAACUGUACUGCCAGCAAUGGGCUCUCUAAAGCCUUCCGGGUUGUGACGGAGAGAUGCCAAGAGCCCGACGUGUUGGGAGAGACCCGCAUCCCUGGAAUAGGUUUUGUAAUGGUGCUCUUAGGAAUUGUGUUUGGAUGUCUUUUAACAUAUAUUUAUUUUAGAGUAAAAAUGUUCUGCGUACCAAUUUUGUAAACUUUGUUUUCAUGUGCAUGAUGCCUUGCUUAAAAUUGAUGUAAAAAAAAUCCGCUGCAGCUGAUUUGCUUGAUCCUUUCAACUGUCAGCUAAGAUCCUUCCAAGCUACGUGUCACACCCUGGCCUUUGUUAUAUUGAUUUUCUUUAUUAGUUUAGUUAAGUCAGGGUGUGACAUGGGGGUUGUUUGUGUGUUUUGUCUAGUUUAGGGUGUGUGUAUUGUUUAGGGGGUUUUGAAGAUGUAUGGGGUUGUGUUCAGUGUAGGCGUUUAGGAAAGUCUAUGGUUGCCUGAUUUAGUUCUCAAUCAGAGACAGCUGUUUAUUGUUGUCUCUGAUUAGGAGCCAUAUUUAAGGCAGCCAUAGGCUUUAGGUGUUUGUGGGUAAUUGUCUAUGUUGAACGUUUGUAGCUUGUGUAUGCACUUACGUUUGUAGCUUCACGGUCGUUUAUUGUUUUGUUUUGUAAAAGUGUUCUUUUAGUCAUCUCUAAUAAAAAAAGAUGUCCUCAUA